GUGUUUAUAAACGUUGUUGUCAUGUUUUAGUUUCGGCAAAGAUCAUAGUUAGGUGACCGUGUGACUGCAACAGAACAGCUGAGCGUAGUUACAAAAGUAGAGAGCAGUGGAGCAUUAUGUCAAAACAUAAAAUCAUUACCCUUCGUGUUCAGUCGUCGGAAGGAACAAAACGCGUGGAAGUUGAACCAAGUGACUCUAUAUUACACUUGUUUGAAAAGGUGCAUGAUGCUUUUGGUUUGAGUGGAUACACAUUUGCUCUUUAUCGUGAACGUGGGAGGAAGGAUGAACUUAUUUCUUCCCGUUCAAGAACCAUUCGCUCAAGUGGAUUGCGCCAUGGUGAUAUGGUUUAUAUGUGUCCUCUUAAUGGAGCACUGCUUUGGUCAGAGCCAUCACCUGGCAGCAGCAACAGUAUGGCCCACGAUGAACCGAUUGAUGACUAUCCUGAGAAAUCUUCAUCCACUCCCAGUCAGAAUAUUACACUCUUGACAACACCAGUGGUGCCACUGCAAGAAGAUGAAGUUGAUCAGCAGCUGUGGAAACUAGAUGGGAAGGUGCAACGUAAACGGGAUGAUAAACUUUGUCGCCAUGGUCCAAAAGCUUGCUGUGUGCAUUGCUCACCACUGGAACCAUUUGAUGAGGCUUAUCUUAAAGAGCAGAAUGUUAAACACAUGUCAUUUCAUUCAUAUCUCAGAAAACUUACAGCAGGUGUUGACAGGGGUAAAUUUGUAAACCUGGAGGAUAUUAGCUGUCGAAUCAGGGCUGGUUGCAAAGAUCAUCCACCUUGGCCUAAGGGUAUUUGCUCAAAAUGUCAGCCAAAUGCCAUUACCUUGAAUCGACAGGUGUAUCGCCAUGUGGACAACGUCAUGUUUGAGAAUGCCCAUCUUGUUGAACGUUUCAUUAAUUACUGGCGCAGUACAGGUCAUCAACGCCUUGGAUUUCUUUAUGGGCGUUAUGAAAUUCAUGGAGAUGUUCCUUUAGGUAUACGUGGUACAGUGGCUGCUAUAUAUGAACCACCACAAACAAGUACACGAGAUAGCAUUACAUUACUUGAAUCAGACAAGGACAGAAAGCAUGUGGAUGAUCUGGCUGGGCAGCUUGGCUUAAGGCGUAUUGGUUGGAUAUUCACCGAUCUUGUUACAGAUGAUGUGAAGAAAGGCACAGUGAAACAUGUUCGUAACAUAGAGAGCCAUUUCUUGUCUGCAGAGGAGUGUAUAAUGGCAGGCUACUUUCAAAAUCAGCAUCCAAAUCCCUGUCGUUUCUCACCUGUUGGGUACUUUGGCUCAAAGUUCGUGACUGUCUGUGUCACAGGUGAUGCAAGCAAUCAAGUCCAUAUGGAAGGAUAUAGUGUUUCUAAUCAGUGCAUGGCUCUUGUGAGAGACAACUGUCUUGUCCCAACAAAAGAUGCACCAGAACUUGGUUAUGUUCGUGAAUCAACGGACAAACAGUACGUGCCAGAUGUCUACUACAAGGAGAAAGAUGGUUAUGGUAAUGAGGUAUCAAGAUUGGCUCGUCCUCUUCCGGUCGAAUAUCUUCUAGUGGAUGUGCCAGCGUCCACCCCAUUAAUUCCUCUGUAUACGUUCUACGCCAGUGAUGCCAUACAAGCUUUUCCCGUUGAAAACAGGCUGGUUGAUGGUCACAUCCAGGAUUUCAACACAUUAAGCAACUACCUACAACAGUUCUCACCAGAUCAGUUUCUAAAUGCAGUCUCUGAUUUUCAUUUCUUGUUGUACAUUUCAACAAUGGAUAUGCUGCCAAUGAAGGAGUAUAUGGGACCAUUGCUUGAAGCAGUGCGGACACAGAAUAGUGAAAUGGCACGGGACUGGGCUAGGUCAGAACACUGGGCAACAGUAGAACAACUUAUUGCUGCAAGUUCCUUAUCGCCGCCUUCAUCACGACCUCAAAGUAGCACAUUUACAUCUCCAUUAACAGCUCCUGCUGCCUCUGCAGCAGCAACAGCAGCAAUGCCAUCGUCACCACCAAUGCACGAUGAUGCAGGCUGGACCUGCAGUCAUUGCACAUUUUUAAACCCAACUGAACUAUCAAGUUGUGAAAUGUGUCAACUUCCAAGAUAAAUUUGUUUUUACAGAAAGAAAAAAAAAAAAGAAUUGUGGACGGAAAGAAUCUUACAUAAAACAGGAGCAGACAUUU